AUGGGGAACCACUAUCUCCAGGUUCCCUGCUCUGCACUCUUCCUAUUGCUGGUCCUACAACCUCUACCAUGUGGUAGAGCAGAUGGCCUCAAGUACAAAGGCCCUGGCUGGAAAUUACUCCAUCGCCUGGGUCUAGGCAGAAGCUCCAACACCACCAGCCUGGAAUCUAAGGGCCAUUCAUGUCAGGGCAUCUUUGACCUCUACUUUAUCCUAGACAAGUCGGGCAGCGUGGACAACAACUGGUUUGAAAUUUAUUCAUUCGUGGAAAAUUUGGUGACGAAAUACCAAAACUCAAGGGUUCGGAUAUCCUUCAUUCUCUACUCAACAGAUGCCACCAUACUCCUGCCACUCACCUCAGACAGACAAGAAAUUCGUCAAGGUCUUAACAAACUUCAGCAAGUGGUACCUGUGGGACACACAUACAUGCAAGAAGGAUUUAAAAAGGCAAUUCAACAGAUAGAAAAUGCCAAAUUGUUAGCCAAUGUUUCCAGCGUGAUCAUAGCUCUGACGGAUGGAACACUGUUGCCAGAUGCAUUUGAGGCAACCAAAAAGGAGGCUCAGAAGGCUCGGAAACUGGGGUCCAUCAUUUACACUGUGGGUGUGCUGGAGUAUAACAGAGAUCAGCUGCUUGCGAUUGCAGAUACGCCUGAGCACAUGUUUGGGGUGCAAAAUGGGUUUAAGGGUUUGCAAAGCAUCACUGACUCUCUCUCCACCAAGUCCUGUAUUGAAGCCCGGUCAGUGGAGCUGUCAACUCCUUGUGCAGGAGAACCCUAUGAAGUGGUCGUUUCUGGACAUGGUUUUCAGAAUGCAAAACACCUGUCCCAGGUUGUAUGCAGAUUCAAGUUCAACAACAACAUCCUGGGGCACUCCCUGCUGCUACAUGCCUUCAACUUGCCACCAGACAUUUCCAUACUGUUCACCCAGGAUCCAGGGCAGAGGUGCCAGCUUUCCUGUCAUGAACCCCAGCUGCACACAGGUUCCCCGCCCUGCACGGAUCUGCCUCCGCUCCAGUCAGGAGUGUUGCACCAUCCCAUCGGUGCCCUGCACCGUCGCACAGGCACCCUGCGCCGUCGCACAGGCACCCUGCGCUGUCGCACAGGCACCCUGCGCCAUCCCACAGUCUACCUGGCCUCCUGCUAA